CAGUCAAAUGAAAUCGAUCAAUUGCGUUGUUAUCGAUGAUUCUUAACGGCAUCAUUUGGCUUUCGCUCACGAGGACCCCGAAUUGCAUCGAAUCCAUCGGGAGAGUCAAUAAUCGUGGAUGUUUAUUUCCAUUCGCGUCUUGAAUCGGGGAGGAUGUUUGUUCGUCCUGUAAAGUGACCUUGAUCUUGCACUGCUUGCCUUGGAUCUGGAUGGCCAUGACGUCUUUCCAGAAUAUGUAUGUCGGCGGUGGCGAGAAGAUCAUUCGUCCAUUGCCUAGUCGUCUGCCAUGGUGGUCCUCGAAAAGCUCAAUGAAGUCGAUGUCUCCGCAGGCUUUGAAGGAAGACCAGAUGUCGUGAGCGGUGGCAUUAUUCGGGAGCCAAUCUAGGCGUAAUACAAUCUUGUCCCAGGACAUCCAUAUCGGUUUGGCGCCGGUUCGGUGGGCAUUUAUGUUUUUGUUCAUCAUGUUGGCUAUGUUGGCCAAAUGGCCUUUUUCUUGUCGUAUAGCCAAUGGUUGUUUUCGAAUAUGUCUAGGACUCAAACCUCCGCGUCUUGCUUGUCCGCCUCGAAAUGGGUUGAAUUCGUCCUCUGGGGAAUAAUUUGGAGCAAGGUUAGGAAAGUCCCCGUCACUUGGUGGGUUUUUACGAUCAGUUGGUGACACAGGAACAUAAGAUUGAUCUAAGGUUAUGACCUUGCCACCUGCCUUGCUCCUUCCGUUAGGUUCGGGGGUGUGGCUUCUUUUCGGAUUGGCUGCAGGCGGAGAACGAGGAAGCAUCCCCGGUUCAAUCCACUCAUUCAGCUCCGGCCGGGUGGGACCUUCCUCGAUAUUUCGGUCCAUUGGGUCCUUAGUGUAUAAUAAGCUUUGCACUACUUUGAUCUUGGAAGCUGCUGCCUUAUUAGUCAUUUUGCUUUAUGAUGGAAGGUGAAUAUAGGGGUCUAGCUUGGAUGUGGAAAAGGAAGGAAGGCAAAAAGGGGCUGUUGGGUCACGUGGAGAGGAGGUCAUCCAUUAACAUGAGGUUCAUUGAAUAACCAAACACGCCGAUGACAACUGGGAAUUGGUAUAGUAACACGAAAUGAAAAACAAAGGCUCGAUGCAGGGGAACAAUAUGAUGAAGGCGAUACUUACGAGAUAUUGUAGGUAUAAGUCUUAACUUCAAAGAUUG